AUGGCAAAUUCUUCUUCUUCUAUGACAAAUCCUUCUGAUGCUUCUUCAAGUCCUUACUAUCUUCAUCCCAGCAACAACCCUGGAGCCCUUCUUGUUUUUGAAAAUUUUAGUGGUGAGAAUUAUGUUGCCUGGAGUCGAUCAAUCCCCAUUGCUCUCACUGUGAAGAACAAGACUGCCUUCAUUGAUGGAAGCCUACCUCAACCCAGUCCUAAUGACACUCGUCUUCAAGAUGAAUUAAAGGUUAGAUACCUUCGCAAUGAUGGUCCACGAGUAUUUACUUUGGAGAAAUCGUUAAGCUCAAUUUCUCAAGGCUCAAAUUCAAUCACUGAAUAUUUCAAUGAUUUCAAAACCCUUUGGGAUGAAUACAUUAGUUAUCAUCCUCUUCCCACUUGUAGUUGUGGAAUUAUGGAAACUUGCACUUGUGCCAUUUUAAAGAAUCUUACUGAUCACCAACAAGCAGACUAUGUGAUGAAGUUCUUGAUUGGUUUACAAGAUUCUUAUUCAGCUAUUCGAAGCCAAUUGCUGCUUCUUGAUUGGUUUUUUCUCUGCUACUGCAAGAAGAAAGCCAAUGACCUCAGCAAAUGGAAGAUGAUUGAGCUUGCUAAAGUCAGAACUGAUCUAUAUCACCUCAUAAAUCUUCCUGUUGUCACAAAGAAGCACUUACCUGAUUCAAACAACUUCUCUUCCACUGUUUUGGCUAAUGCCUCUACCACAAAUUCUGACAUUUGGGAUUUUCAGUUGGGACACCUUUCUCCUACCAGAUUACAAGUCAUUAGUUCUCUUGAUUCUUUUGUUAAAUCAUCUCACAAUCAUGUCUGUGAGAUUUGUCCUUUAGCUAGACAAAAGAAAUUGUAA